CCACCGUGUUCUUCGCUGACUAGACGGCGCCUUCUAUUGCAAAGAAUAUUUACUUGCAGUUCCGUUGGUGGAAAGCCCUUUCUUCUGCGCACCAAAAACAGAGCGACCCUGCUGACCGCGGAGCGCAGUUAGAGUGAUAAUAUAGAAUGCAGCAGCUGCAUCAGCAGCGCGCUCUCGGGCGAAGGGACGCCCGGAUAGGGGCCAUGCUGGGCGGGUCCAUCCAAAGCCGUGGUCGUGCUGUAGGCCUGCGCUGCCAGGCAGCAGUGACAACGAUAUCACCUGCGCGUGCUGCAACAGCGCUUGCCCCGAGCACCCGUCUGCGGCCGCUGGGCGGCAUUGACAAUCCCCUGGAAAUGGAGAAGGACAUCUGCAACAUUAUCAGCAAGUACUCCCCCGACUACGUGAAGAGCCGCGUGCUGCGUGGGCCCGGCGAUGCAGCGCUUGUUGCGCUGCGUAUCGCGGAGAUCACUGCGCGCGUCAGCUGGUUCACCGCCACGCUGUACGCGGACAGGCUCAUGGGGCACGAGGACACGCCGGAGCGCGUGCGCCUGCGGGCGGCGGAGCUGCGCGAGCUGCUGACUGUGCUGGGCCCCUCGUUCAUCAAGGCGGGCCAGGUGCUAGCCAACCGGCCCGACAUCGUGCGGGAGGACUACAUGAACGAGCUGUGCGUGCUGCAGGACGACGUGCCGCCCUUCCCCGACGCCGUGGCGUUUGCCAUGAUGGAGGAGCAGCUAGGGCGGCGGCUGGAGGAGGUGUUCAGCUCCAUCAGCGAGCGGCCCGUGGCGGCGGCGUCGCUGGGGCAGGUGUACAAGGCCGUCCUUCGCGACACGGGCGAGGAGGUGGCCAUCAAGGUGCAGCGGCCGGGCGUGGAGCCCACCAUCCUGCGCGACCUCUACAUCUUCCGCACCUGCGGCGGCCUGUUCAACGCGCUGUCGCGCAAGCGCCUGGGCUGCGACGCGCAGCUCAUUGUGGACGAGUUCGGCGAGAAGCUGCUGGAGGAGCUGGACUACACGCAGGAGGCCAAGAACAUUGAGGAGUUCGAGCGCAACUUCAGGGACGAUCCCACCGUCAAGAUCCCCUGGGUGCGCCCCGACCUGUGCGGCACCAAGAUGCUGGUGAUGGAGUGGAUCGACGGCAUCCGCUGCACCGCGCCCGACUCCAUCCGCAGCAGCGGCGUGCGCGUGGACGACUUUAUCAAGUGCGGCGUGGUCAGCGGCCUGAGGCAGCUGCUGGAGUUCGGCCUGUUCCACGGCGACCCGCACCCCGGCAACAUAUUCUGCCUGCGCGACGGUCGCAUCGCCUACGUGGACUUUGGCAACGUGGCGCAGCUGAGCGCGCGCAACAAGGCCGUGCUCAUUGAUGCGGUGGUGCACGCCGUGAACGAGGACUACAGGGCCAUGGCUGAGGACUUCAUCAAGCUGGGCUUCCUGGCGCCGGGCACGGACAUCACGCCCAUCGUGCCCGCGCUGGAGAAGAUCUGGGCCGACUCCAAGGGCCAGCAGCUGAGCGACUUCAACUUCCGCACCGUCACCUCCAAGUUCAACGAGCUGGUCUACCAGUACCCCAUUCGCAUCCCCGAGCGCUACUCGCUCGUCAUCCGCUCGCUGCUCACGCAGGAGGGCAUCUGCAUGACGCUCAAGCCCGAGUUCCACUUCCUGGAGGUGGCGUACCCCUACAUCGCGCGGCGCCUGCUGACGGACGAGGACCCCGCGCUGCGGGAGCGCCUGUUCCAGGUGCUCUUCCAGGACGGCAAGUUCCAAUGGAAGCGGCUGGAGAACCUGCUGGCGCUGGCCAAGGAGGGCGCCAGCGGCGGCCGCGCCUCCAACGGCCCGGACGCGGCGGGCGGGCUGGACCUGAGCGACACGGCCAAGGACGCGCUGCGGGUGCUGCUGCUGGACGACCGGCUGCGGACGCAGCUGAUGCUGGCCCUGACGGAGGACAACAAGCUGCACAUCAGCGAGGUGCUCAACCUGCUGCGCCUGGUGCAGAACGACAUCAACCCCCAGAAGCUGGUGACGGAGGUGGUGCGCGACGCGCCGUCGCUGGGCCGCCAGCUGCUGCUGAGCUGGGCGGACCGCGUGCUCGUGUCUUAGAGCCCCUGUGGGGAACAAGCACACGGCGCAGGGGCGGGGAAACCGCACCUGGCGUCGUUAAAUCUCCUUUGGGGAACAAGCGCGCAUGGCUGGGACGAGGGGCGGAAGAGUCGCCGCGGGUGCACGGGUGUUGCGGGGGACCUGGAGGAAAGCGUGGAGUGCCAUGGGGGUAGGGGUUGAAGGAUGAGCGGAGGGCAUAGGUAUACGAGUGUGACGCGCCUGCGUACUAUACUUGAGAGUGUUGCUAAGGUAUUUGGAUGUGCGACUUGGCUUGCGCGCGCGCGCAUAUGCGUGGUGGUGAAGCGGUUUGCCGCGCCAGCACGCUCCAACUGGCUCAAAAAUAUUUUGGGGCGGCGCGUCUGAUCAGGCGCCGGGUGAGGGUUGUGACGCCUGGCGGGGCGGACUGCGAGGGCAGCAAGGAAGAGAGUGUAUGUGCUGGGGUGGUGGAGGCACGGGUAGUGGCAGCGCAAGCAGGAAGAGCUCCAUUGUGUUUGCAGGGCGCUGGUCGCGGGAUGGUCACUGACGCUAAAGCGGCGCCUGCUUGCACGGUUGCGUCACGCAUGCGUUGUGGGAGUGUGUGUGCGCGUGCCCGGUGCGUUCGGACGGAAACGGAUUUUGCCUUCAUGUAUUCUGGGGCUUAUUGCACGUGCAGGUGUGCCCACGUGAUCCCGCUUACGUGAGUGCGGUGCAAACAGUUUACGGUUGGCUGUGUUGGUCGACGAGCACGCCGGUCAGUCGCAUGAGGGAGAAUGCAAUGCAGCGAAGGUAACGGAGAGAUUGAGCGUGGUGUGUUGUUCAGUUUGAGAUGUCUUAUGCUGUUAUCUCUGCUGUUGGAAUUCGGUUGUUUUGGCGGUUUGCUCCACGGGUGUGUCGUGGGACCCCGGUUGUUCGCACCGCUUGUCAGCCGUCGUCAGCGCAGCUGACCAGGUGAGGGCGCGGGAGGAUCCCUCCGUGGGACGGUGGCACUAACUAUGCCUUUGCGGCAGAGCGCCCAAGCGACAGAAACAGGAGCCAAGGCAUGGACAAAUAAUGGAGUUGCGCAUUAGAGUGAGCAUUGACUUUUGUAGUGCGUCCGGUUACGGUAUUGGAGUCUGUUGGAAGCGUUUUGAGUGCCCGGAAUGGUAGGGACCGGCCGCGCCUCAGCCUGGAGUAAGGAGAGAGCGGGGCUGCAGGCUCGGGCCACGGUGUAUGCGUGUGCGGUUUGCUGGUCGAGUGGUCGGUUUGUACUUUGGUGCGCAGCGGACAUGAAGACAUGUCAGGAACGUACGUGACGGGAUUUGAUAUACGGUAGGGUUACAUCGAAGAUUUGUCGGACGCGACACCGCGAGACGGAUGUGCAGGCGGCAGUGCAGCGCGGCGCCGGUUGCGCCGUGUGCUGCUCUGUGUGCAACGAGCUGUGGAGUGUGGGGAUCACACACGCCACGGGGCCGCUGCGAUCUGGCGCUCGGGCGGGCCGACUGCGGCACCAGCGCACUGCUGCUUACAAUUUGUGCACGUCACCCCCGGUAGGACGGUGUAACAUGCUCUCAUC